UGCGGGCUGGCGACAUUGACGAAAAGUGACCAUGAAAGUGCUGCCCAAAUUGGUGCAGGGUCCCGCUUGGCCUGAUAAUUUCUACACGGUGUAGUACAUACUACAGCCCCCGGCUGGCCAAAAUCCUUCCUCGGGCUUCGAAAACCGCCGCAGCUGAGCCCUGGAGGUGUCCACAGUCCUUUCUGUAUGUACAGUCAGCGAGAGGCCACCUAUGACCUCGCUAUCCAAAAUCGACCACCUGGGAAUUCUUAUUUCAUCCGCGAAAUCGAUCCCGAAGGUGCCACUCAUGCACCAAUGCUCGCGUGCCCACCAUGUCGAAUGAACAGACAUACGACGCCGAGGCGCAAUAUUUUCCUUUCUUCAUCGUCACCGUCACGGCACUGGUCACCCUCCCGCUGACCUUUUCUCUCCUUCGAUCGCCUACCGAUUCUUCCAAUGUCGCAAAAGCUGGUCGCAUCGAAUCUCCCUUCCGACCAAAUCAUGCGGACAUCAUCGAUUCCCAGCGUGCGAAGCAGAAGCGAAAGGAUCUGCGCCUCAAGCGCAUUGUCGCCGCGCUGCUUGGUUGGGCUCUGAUUGGAUACAUGGUCUAUCUCAUGGUUGUAACCGCUCGGAACACACCCACUGUCUGGAAUCCAUAUGACAUUCUCAAAGUCUCUCUCACUGCGACCGAAAAGCAGAUCAAUUCUCGCUACCGAAAACUCUCCACGACUAUGCACCCUGAUAAACGCCGACCAAAUGCCGCGCUCAACGAGACUGCCGAGCUAGUCAACGAUGAAUGGGUGGAGAUUGUCAAGGCCUACAAGGCAUUGACUGACGAGGAUAUUCGAAACAACUACAUCCUGUACGGCCACCCUGAUGGCAAGCAGAGCACCACGUUCGGCAUUGCGUUGCCUCAAUUCCUUGUGGCGGAGGGAAGCGGCAAAUAUGUCCUCAUUGGAUACGGAAUCCUGCUCGGAAUUGGACUUCCCUGGUUGGUCGGAAAGUGGUGGUACGGCAUGCAGAAGGUGACGAAGGAGCGUAUCUUGGUAUCAAGUGCAGGAAACAUCUUCAGACAGUUCAAAGAACGCAUGGAGCCCGGUGAUGUGCUCGGUGCUGUCAGCACAGCCACCGAAUACGAAUCCAUUCUUCACGGGGUGAAAGCCGAUGCUGGUCUUGGAAAAGUCGAACAGAAGCUUGCCACUAUUGGUUCAGAAAGUGCAUUGAUUUCCGAACAGGAUAUCAAGGUCAUUGCUGGCAUUGAAGACCCUGUCCACCGGAAGGCCCUGGCUCUACUAUGGUCUUAUCUCACGCGAGCCGAUCUGGACGAUAAAACUCUGGAAGCCGAGAAAUAUGAGCUGCCACCAACCGCGAUGCAGAUCAACGAUGCUUUCACCAACAUGUGCCUCGCUUACGGCUUUACUUCUCCGGUUGUGUCUUCCUUUCAUCUCAGCCAGAGCCUAGUUCAAGCUGUGCCACCAACGAAGAGCGAGGGUAUACCAUUGUUGCAACUGCCCCACAUCACCGCUGAGAUCGCUAAGAAGAUCGAAAAGUCGGUGAUCACUGACAAGACACCCUUGACGGUCCAGAAAUUCAUGGCUUUGCCGGUAGAACAACGCCAAACAGCAGCUCAAGCGGCGGGCCUGCCGAUGGAUAAUCUGAAGUCUGCGGAAGACUUGGCACGACGACUGCCUUUCUUGCGCGUCGAGAAAGCUUUCUUCAAAGUGCCGGGCGAGAAGUACAUCAUUACUUCGUCUUUGGUUCACUUUGUGGUGAAGGCGCGCUUCAUCCCGCCAGGCACACCCGAAAAGAGCAUCCCAGCACUCUCAGAGGCUGAUUUGUUGGAUAUCGACCCAGCCGAAAACGACAUCUUAGCACAAAAAGCGGAGCCAGAGCGUCACUCGAUACCACUCGCACAUGCGCCUUACUACACACGCGAUCAUGCUCCUCGGUGGCACCUUUUCCUCGCAGAUACUCGCCAGGGCAAGAUUGCGGUACCUCCGUUCACGUUUAAAGUUUUUGACAAGAAAUCCUUCGACAACGAGGGUAAACCUACGUUCAACGUUGUCACGCUUAAGAUGCAAUUCGCGGCUCCGCCCCAAGCCGGAGAAUUCCGUUUCAGAAUGCAUCUCAUUAGUGACAGUUAUGUUGGUUUCGAUCAAUCACAGGAUGUUGUGCUUGAUGUAGAGGACGCUAGCAAGGCUGUAGAGGUCGACGAAGAUGACGAUAUCUCAGAGCCCGAAGAAGAUUCCAUCGCUGGUCAGAUGGCAGCUCUCAAAGGACAAGCGACUGCGGAUGCAUCACAGCCGCGGAAGAUCAAAAAGGUGAAAAAGGCGGUCGAGAGCGAUUAUGAAAGUGAUACAGAUGAAGAUGUCGACGACGAGAGUGACACCGAUACCGACACGGAUUCUGAAGCCGAGGAUGAGAAGGCGAAAAAGUCAAAAAGUUGGUUCUAGAUGUUGGGUGUUGGCGAUUACUGCAUUUAUUUCUCCGCCGCGAUACAUAGCCUGUAUUAAUGAUACCAAACGAUUCCACAAUCGAGGUUACCAUAGUUGAGAUAUUCAGAAGAACUGGACUGCAUGGUCUGCGGACAGCGGAUG